AUGUCUUACGACGGCAGUGCGGCUAACUUCGUCGGGUCACCGGCGGUGUACUCAGCUUCUUACCAGCAGCCGGCGCAGUACGUGGGUGGCGCGACCAUGGUGUCUAGCGGUUCUUCGCUGAUGCCGAGUGCGAACCCCUUGCAGUACGGUGCUGCUGCGUACGGUUCUGGCGUGCAGUAUCAAGGCGGUCAGUACAGUUCGUCGGGUGCCCAGUAUGCGUCAGGCGGGGCACAGUACGGCGGGGCACAGUACGGCGCAUUGUCGAGUCAGUACACGAGCGGCACGACGAUGCCAGCAAACGCGUAUGUCUCGGGCGCACAGUACUCUUCGGGCGGCGCACAAUAUGCAGGUACGCAAUAUGCGACGACCAACCAGAUCGCCGGUGGCCAGUACGGAACGACGCGUGCGAGUAGUGCGGUACGUUCACAGUCUGAAAUGUCUCGUGUCGUGGGACACGAGUACGGACAGGAGCGUGUGGUGAGUGUGACGCAGAGAGUUGAUGAGUCGCGGACGCACGUUGUGGGAGAGCGAUUUGUGGAGCACGAGGUGAAGGUGCCGAAGAAAAUUGUGCGCGAGGAGAUCAUCGAGAAAGUCAUUAUUGUGCCUGAGAAGGUGAUUCAGGAGGAAAUCAUCGAGGAGACGGCUAAGGUGCAGGAGCGAAUUGUGGAGGUGGCCAAGCCCAUCAUCGUUGAGAAGAUAGUGGAGGUGCCGGAGUAUGAGUAUGUAGAAAAGAUUGUGGAGGUCCCUGAGAAGAUCGUGCAGGAGCGUUUGAAGCACGUCGACAAGGUGGAGAUCCAGGAGCGCGUGCACGAAGUCCCCAAAAUCGUGCCUCAGGAACGCGUGGUGGACGUACCCGAAAUCACGUACCGCGAGGUCCCUGUCGAGCGCCUCGUAGAAAUCGAGGACUGGAGAGAUGAGGUGCGGAUCAGAGAAGUCCCCGUGCCCCAGUAUGUCGAGAAGCCUGUGCCAAACGUGGUCCAGGUGGAGCAAGCCAUCGACGUUGAUCGAAACAUUCCCGUCCCCGUGGAGGCGAACAUCACCUACGAGUUCCGCAUCCCGCAGAUCAAGCCCAGAUACCACAAGAUCACUUACCCGGUCUACCUGCCGCGCUUCAUCGAAAUCCCAGUGGCCAUUGACCUUCUUCAAGGCGGACUGCUCCAACAGACUGAAACCUAUUUGCAGCAGCUAGGUUCUCUAACCAAGACCGCAGCAUCGCUCUGUGAAAUUGAGAACCUGGCUACCACUAUCAUGAGAGCGGACAUCCAGUCGAGGGUGUCGACAAGUGACCUGCAAUCCAUCCUCAUGAAGAACUGGAGAGAUGGCACCCUCAACGUCCAAGGCUUGGGCAGCAUCGGCGUCGGCACGAACGCUGGCUAUGUGACUGGUGGUAGCUACAGUAGCUACACGGGUGGGGCUUACACGGGCGGCAAUUAUGCGGGUGGUAGCUAUACCGGUGGCGGCUACGGCGGUACCGGCUAUACCGGUGGCAGCUACGCCGGUACCGGCUACACUGGUGGCAGCUACGUCGGCGGCACGAGUUAUUCCCCUGGCUACUCCACCACAGUGCCGGGCAACACCUACGUCGGUGCGGGCCCUGUUAGCAACCACAGCCCCUACGUCAAAGGCAUCAUGAAGCGAAAUUAA